AACAACACAAGCAACAAUUUUCACGGCGCCGCAGCAGCGCUAGCAGCAGGCAGGCAGCAGGAAAACUACAACUUCAACAGCAUACUCGAAAAGUAACGGCAAUAACGGAACAAAAUGGAUUAUAGCCAAUUAGAUGCGGAUAUCAAUGGCAACAUCAAUACGGGCAAUAUCAAUACAAAUGACUUCCUCGCCAUAUUCUCAUCAACAACAAGUCCCACCGAUGUGACUGCAACGCCUGCCUCGUCGGCGGGAGGCUGGUCCGGCGGCGGCAGCGGUGCCGUCGGGCACAAGCACUACACACAUCUGUCCGCCCCACCACACAGCAGUAACGGCAGCAUUUUCUACGCCAGCAACAGCAGUAGCAGCAGCAGCGCAGCCAAUGCACCGACCGCCCUCAGCAAUACAACAACACUACUCAACCCGCCACUACUAACCGUCGAUGCUGGCGCUGAUGGCGGUGCGGCAGGCGGCGCGGCAGGCGGCGCGGCCAAUCAAUAUGGGCUGGGAAAUUUGCUCGAGAGCACCUUACAGGGCGCCAUCACAACGCUGAGUCCGAAUAAUUAUGUCAACGACAGUUACUACUUCUUGAAUAGCAACUUCUAUAACGGUAGUAUGAGUUAUAGUGGCAGCGCGGCCAAUUACAGUAAUCAAACGUUGACGGUUGGUGGUGGCAUGACAUCGGCGAAUUUGUCCUCGAAUCUGACGGAAGUGCAAUGGGACGGUCGCUAUCCGAGCGGUUAUACGUUGCCGCAAAUCGUCAUCGCUUCGGUAAUCGUGACCAUAUUGAUGAUUAUCAUCGUGGUGGGCAAUAUGCUGGUCAUCAUUGCCAUUAUGACAGAGAAAUCGCUAAAGAACAUACAGAAUUGGUUUAUUGCCUCGCUGGCGGUGGCGGACUUCUUUCUCGGCCUGAUCAUAAUGCCCUUCUCGCUGGCGAACGAACUGAUGGGCUAUUGGAUAUUCGGUAGUUGGUGGUGUGACAUACACUCCGCAAUGGAUGUGCUGUUGUGUACGGCGUCCAUAAUGAAUUUGUGCCUGAUAUCGUUGGAUCGGUAUUGGAGCAUUACGAAGGCGGUGGACUAUCUCAAGUCGCGUACGCCGGCGCGUGCGGCAAUCAUGAUUGCCUCCGUGUGGAUAAUGUCGGCAUUGAUUUGCAUACCGCCGUUGCUGGGUUGGAAGGUGAAAAUGCCGGAGGGACCGUUGCCGAAAUGUGCGGUAAGUGCCCUGAAUUGGAGCAGUGCGCCUACAUAA